GUUGUGUGACGUUUCUCGCUCGCGCACCUUUUGAGCCGGUGCAGCGCGCGCUCUGCGCUUUUUCCAGCAGCGUUUACUGUAAAUACCUCAGCGCAUCAUGGUGCAUGUGUUCAGGUACAUUUGGGAGGUGAAGAAUGGACUCAUCCUUUUCUGCACUCCAUUUCUGCUGCUUCCGCUGCCUCUGGUCAUCGUGGCGAAGGAAGCUAGUUGUGCGUACGUUAUCGGGCUGAUGGCGGUGUACUGGUGUACAGAGGUGAUACCAUUGGCUGUAACUGCUCUUUUGCCUGCUAUCCUCUUCCCUCUGUUCGGUGUCAUGCAGUCCAAAGACGUGUGUAGGCAGUACCUCAAUGACACAAACAUGCUGUUUUUGGGUGGGCUGAUGGUAGCCGUGGCUGUGGAGCAUUGGAACCUGCACAAGCGUAUUGCACUGCGGGUGCUGCUCAUUGUUGGGGUACGGCCAGCACUGCUCAUGUUAGGCUUCAUGGGUGUGACGGCCUUCCUUUCCAUGUGGAUCAGUAACACUGCUACCACAGCCAUGAUGGUGCCCAUAGUGCAGGCUGUGCUGAUGCAGCUCGACACCACAGCGAGAGACGAGGAUCCUAGGCCCAUUACUUCAGUGGAGAGUGAGGAGAAGCAAUCCGAGAAGCAGGCUGAUGCUCAGGUUAUUCUGAAUAGCCACAGGUUUUCCCUGGAUACUGAGAGAAUUGAGAGGUGCAGGGAGGCUGAAGAAAGGCUGCGGAUGUGUAAGGGCAUGACACUGUGUGUGUGUUACGCUGCCAGCAUUGGCGGAACUGCCACUCUCACUGGCACUGGACCCAAUUUAGUACUUACCGGACAGAUGAGCCAGCUCUUCAAAGACAACCCAGAUGUCAUUAACUUUGCCUCCUGGUUUGCUUUUGCAUUUCCGAACAUGGUCAUCAUGCUCACGUUGGCCUGGAUCUGGUUGCAGUUUGUUUUCUUGGGCUUCAACUUCAGAAAAACGUGGGGCUGUGGAACAGUGAAGACAGAGAAGGAGAUAGCUGCUUAUAACGUGAUCCGCGAAGAGCAUCAGCGUCUGGGCCCUAUGUCCUUCGGCGAGAUAAAUGUUCUAGCACUGUUUAUCCUACUGGUGGUGCUGUGGUUCACACGUGAACCUGGCUUUGUGGAUGGCUGGGCAACGCAUCUCUUCAAUAGUGACAAAGAGUAUGUGACGGAUGCCACUGUGGCAGUGUUUGUAGCUGCUCUGCUAUUUGUGCUUCCCUCUAAACCCCCCUGUGUCUGCUUCUGGAGGUCACAAAGCUUCAACACAGUGCCACAGUCUGACACUGAGCCCAGAUCAGCAUUGUUGACGUGGAAGGUGGCUCAGAGUAAGAUGCCAUGGAGCAUUGUGCUGCUGCUUGGAGGAGGCUUUGCUCUGGCUAAGGGAAGUGAGGACUCCGGAUUAUCCACAUGGCUUGGAAAUCAGAUGUCUCCACUCCAGAGCAUUCCUCCAUGGGCCAUUGCCAUUAUUGUGUGCCUCAUGAUAGCUACCUUCACUGAGUGCACCAGCAAUGUGGCCACUGCAACCCUGUUUCUGCCAAUCCUCGCCUCUAUGUCUCAGUCCAUAGGUGUGAACCCGCUGUAUGUCAUGAUUCCCUGCACCCUAAGCGCUUCCUUUGCCUUCAUGCUUCCAGUGGCAACCCCUCCAAAUGCAAUCGUCUUCUCCUACGGCUAUCUAAAAGUGUCAGACAUGGCCAGGACAGGUAUUGUGAUGAACAUCAUUGGUAUCCUGUGCAUCACCCUGGCGAUAAACAGUUGGGGCAGACCUCUGUUUGGCUUGGACUCCUUUCCCAGUUGGGCUAACACCACAGGGGUGUGAGAGACUGGACACAGCACACAGCCAGCACAACAGAUUACUCACACACCAACAGCAGCCCCCUCGACUGCACUUAAAGCUAAGAAGCUGAGGGUGGCGCCUUCAUCACACCUCUGACGGGUGUCACUGGAGGAGCCAGCACAUCCUUACCUGCUCUUAUACACUGUGACAGUGUGUCAUACACAUACUUUAUCAGUACAGAUGUAAUAUAUAAUCUGUGUACAGCAACUACCUUAUAUAAAUAUGAUGGUGAUGGCAAUAAUUUUUUACAUUUCAUUUAUUACAUAAAACCUUAUGAAGGAUACUCAUGGAAACCGGUGAGACUGAGAAUCAUAUUUGUAUACAAUAAAAUAUUUUUCUAUUUAUCUUUAAACAUGUAUAUGCAUAAAUAUAUAUGAAUACUGUUUGUUUUGAUUAGAUAGGACAGCUCAGGACGGCUCUUUAUAUUACAGCCUUUGGCCAUGUGACGUUACAUAUAAAUUUGAAUAUGUUUCACAUGGUAGUCUCGACUUAUAUUAAAUCAAAUGUGAUGGAAUGUUUGUAAUAUUAAAAAAGUUUAAUAUUU